AUGUCUGCUCCCCCCGAGGCCCCGCGCAUUGGUAGCAACCUCAUCACUGCAUGCACCACCCACAUCCGCGAGCUUUCCAAGCUCCCCGACAAGCGCUCCAGGUAUCCCUACCGAAAACCACCCUGCCACGAGUUCGGACGCUUCCGCCUAUGGACCCGCGGCUUCGAGAACACCCCCCCAGCGGGGGAUAAUGUACUGGAUGAGGUGCUGGAGGAGGUUAUAUACCUCAGGGAGCCCACGGUCCUACUCAUUGCGUCUUUUGCUAGCGGUCUCCUCGAUGGCUGCCUUCGGAAAGGCUCCUCCGAGUAUCCCUCGAUGAGGUGGCUAGGGCGUAUCCACUUGGGUAGCGUGUUGAAACGUGAGUGGAAAACAUCGGAUGCUGCCAUCGGGGAGUUGCGCGAGUGCGUCGAUGCGCUUUUUGACGUACUGUCCACCCUUCACAACGUCAUGGAGAGGAGAAAGGAGCGGGAUCGCCGGGAAGGGGCCAUCCGUGAGGAGACACCAGCACGCCCGGCCUGUGUGAGGGGUGAGCAUUGGGAGGUAUACCAGCAGUACAUCCAGAACAGGUUUCCGCAAGCGAUUAGAGGGCUGGAUAUCGAAGGAUUUGCAAGGGGAAAUGCCGACUGCUUUGAUAGGCUGUUGAGCCAGCGUGAAGAUAAGGAGAAGGAGCAGAAGGCGAGAGAGACUGCCGGAGAAAUUGCCCAAUUGCCACCCGUGCUAGAGGGGUCUGUCAUGGAGGCUCAAACAGGCCAUCAAACGCUGGAACGAAUGAAGGGUUUAUCGUCGGCGGGUGUCACCACCACAUUCAAGGACUCAGGAGUCGAGAGCUCUGCCACCACGUCCAAGGACUCGGCAAUCGAGGGCUCCGCCACCACGUUCAAGGAUUCAGCAAUCGAGGGCUCCGCUGCUCACAGCCGCCCACCAGCCCCGUUUCAGGCCGCGUUCAAAGACUCAGUAGUCGGGAGCUCCGCUCCUCACAGCCUUCCGCCACCCUCGACCCACCCUCUCGAUGCACCGCAAACUAUUACCAUUCCCCAGCGUACGGUCGCCUCCCUUGCUCCCCCUUCCGUCUCCGGCCUGUCGUGCUCAAUCAUCUGCUCUGUGUCAUCUGAACCAAGUAAGAGACGCCCCGUCCCCCGGGGUCACGGGUGGAGUGCCAUUGCCAUUGAAAUCUCUAGGAAGCACGUCUUUGCCGACCUGAUGCCAUACAUGUGCAUCCGCGGACGCUGCUUCAGCUCGGGUGCACAUGUGUUCUAUGGCAAGAAGAGUGACUGGAUCGCGCACGAUAUGGCAUGCCUACGAGAGGCACACGAGGGCACAGGAGCAACCACGACAGACAAGUUGGCGCACCAAAUGGAGGACAUCCGGCUGCUUGCGCUGCCGCCAGCGUACCGAGACGAGGAAGAUGGGGGGUCCUGCGAUACCUCCACGACGGGGAGUGUGUUGGACGAUACGCCGCGCGAGGGGUUAUUGAACGUCCGACUCCACAGGUGGAUGCAGGAGCGUCCGGAAGGAGAACUCCGACGGGAAGGAAUGGAGGAUCAGGAUGACCUGGAGGACCAGGAUGCGCUGGAUGACCAGGAUGCGUUGGAGAAUCAGGAUGCCUCGGAGGAUCAGGAUGUCUCGGAGGAUCAGGAUGCCUUGGAGAGGGCUUUCUGGGAGGAGCCAGCAGCAUCCCCUAUCACUGUGAUGGGCACUCACUGGGAAAUAUACCAGCAGUACAUCAGAGAUAGGUUCCCGCACGCCAGAGAGGAGCUUGAUAUCGAGGUCUUGGCAAGGGGAAAUGCCGAGUGCUAUGUCAGGCUGGUGAGGCUGGACCAGGAGAGGGGGGAGGAGGAGGAGGAAAUGGAGCAGAGGCAAGGUUUCCCAUCGCCGGGUGUCGCCACCACGUUCAAGGACUCCGGACUCAGGAGCUCCGCUCCCCACAGCCUCCCACCAGUCUCGAUUCACGCCCCCGACCCAUUUCCAGCAGUCGUCGUCUCCCAGCCCGCGAUCGUCCCCGUCAACACGGACCUCGCCCCGCCGCCUUCUGUCUCUAGCCUGUCGCGGUCGACCAUAUGCUCUGUGUUGUCGGAGCCGAGCAAGAGACGACUCCUCCCCCCAGUUCCCGAACAUUCGUGGAGAAAAUACAUCUUUGCCGACCUCACGCCAUACACGUGCAUCCGCGCCCGCUGCCCCAGCUCGGGCAUGUUCUAUAGAUCGAAGAGGGCCUGGAUCACGCAUGAUACGGCAUGCUUACGACGCCCGCUGGAAGGCGGCGGCGGAGCGACCUCGACGGGUGAGUGUCCGCUCUGCCGCAAGACGUUCGGGAGGGAUGCCGGGCGGUUCUACAGCCACGUUGCGCACCACCUGGAGGACAUACGCUUGUUCUCUCUGCCCCCGUGUUAUCGCGAGUACGAGAUGGAAGAGUACGCGGACGGCUCAUCCUUGGGAACCACUGACUGGCGUGGAGCCAGGAGCGCUGAGGGCGAGAUGAGCGCGCUGGGACGGUAUCUUACGGCGAACAGUGCGACACCUGCCGUGUCUUGCAGCGGGUGGGUCAUGAAGGCGGUGGGUGAGGUUGAUGAUAGCCCCCGCUUAUCUCAGCCUGAUGGCGACGAGGUUCUCGAGGAGGGUGCGCUUCAGGAUAUCGAUGGCGAGCCGAACCCCGCGGGGAUGGAUAAAGCUGUCAGCGUGCAGAGUAGUUGCGAUACUCUAAGGCGGGGUUCGGAUGCAGCCACCGUAGUUGUGCGGCUAUCUGGCUCUCCCCCCUCGGCCAGCAGAGAAUGGCACACUGACCUUGUUCUAUCUGAGGAAUUUGCCCAAUACAAGUACAGCGCGGAAUUCGGUGACCAGACAGUUACACACCAUUUUAAUGGGGAUUUCGAGCUGUGGGCAGACGGCGAUUUGUUGCUCGGAGGUAGUCAAUUCAGAUCGGUUCGGCUCCAGCGGCUACGUGACUCUACCCGGCGCGAUGCUCACCGAAGGACUGACGUUCGGGUGGUGAAAACAACCGGUCACUAUCGCUUUCAAGACCUUUUCAUCAGAGAGUUGAGGGCGAUGAUUACGUUGCGAGAGUAUACUGAGCAUUUUGUUGAGUUCUAUGGCUGGCACGAGGGCCAGCCCGGAAUAUCCCUCUCUAUCGCCAUGGAAUUCCUCCCCGAAGGCAACCUUCAGACCUAUAUGCUGAGAAACAGACAGCUGGCAAAGGGGAACUGUAAAACUAUUGUUCGACAGAUUCUGGAAGCCCUCCAUAUAAUGCACCAAGGGGGUAUCCAUCAUGGUAAUCUAACGCCAACGAACGUACUCAUCGCAUCCCUAUCACCUCUGAGAAUGAAGCUUGGAGAUAUCUGCAACGGAGAAUCGGGGCGCAGGCAAUACAGGAGGCUGAUUACCAAUACAUACAUCGAGAUGGAGUACAGAUACGAGUCACCAGAGUCAAUCGGCCUCAGCCCCGAUUUCACAGAAAGCCACCCUUCGAGUGUGGAUAUGUGGGCUCUGGGUAUGAUUACCUAUCAGAUCAUGACAGGAUUGAUACCAUUUUCGUACGCCACAGGUGUAAGCGCUAUCGAUAUGGAUGAAGAUGAUAUCUGCCAUUGGGACGGCGGGGUAUAA